AGGAGUCCACAGUCCACCGUUUCCAUUUUAACGUGAGAGAGAGAGAGAAUGUCGUGUUUCUCGUCUUUGCCGGAAGGUUGUAUAUCAUACAUCACAUCAUUUACAUCACCGAGGGAUGCUUGCAGAGUGGCGGCGAUCUCAUCGACGUUCAAGUCGGCAGCCGAGUCCGACAUCGUUUGGGAGAAGUUCCUGCCGUCCGAUUAUCCGGAGAUCAUAUCGAGGUCCGUCUCUCCGGUGGUUUACUCCACCAAAAAGGAACUCUACUUUCUCCUCUGCAACUCUCCUAUCCUCCUUGAUGAAGGCAAGCUGAGCUUCGUGCUAAAUAAAUGUAGCGGCAAAAAAUGUUAUAUGCUACGAGCAAUAGAACUUUCAAUUGUGUGGGGAGGUAGCUCAGAGUACUGGAAGUGGACGUCUUUGCCUGAGUCGAGAUUUUCUGUGGUGGCUGAGCUCCUGGGCGUGACGUGGCUUGAUAUUGGUGGCAAGAUGAAAACUCAAAUGUUAUCCCCAAAGACUACCUAUGCAGUUUACCUUGUCUUCAAACUAGCAAAAAAUAACCGUGGCCUUGAAGUGCCUGUAAAGGCUUCAGUUAGAUUUGUUGCAGAAAUCCAAGAUAGGGCUGAAAAUUCGGACGAUACAGUUUACCUGAAAUUGGCGAAAGAUAGACAACCUAAUGGUCGGUUUCCGCAGAAGAGAGGGGAUGGGUGGAUGGAGAUUGAACUCGGGCAGUUUUUUAAUGAUCACGGAGAUGAUAGUGAAGUGGAGAUGCAAUUGAAGGAGACCCAAGAGCAUCUCGGGAAGAGCGGUCUCAUUGUCAAGGGCAUUGAGCUUUGGCCUAAGGAGUAAAGAUUGAAUUGAAAAGAUAUGUACGGAUUUAAUAUGCUUUGAUGCAACACACACUACUGUGUAUUAAUUUUAUAUACGGUUGACAAUAUUUGAAUGCUACUAUUUUAAUUUUCAAUUUUGUUC